UCGCACUCACUCACUCUCUCGGUGCAACAUCUGUCGUUUCAACGAAUCGCGACCGCGCUGGUCGAAGCCGCCACGGUUCCGCCGACGUCGCACUUUUCCAUUCAUCGUCGUGUACCGAGAUGACCACGUCGGCGCCGUCCAUCGACAUCGAUGCGUACCUUGCGCGCAUCGGCCUCCAGCGCGACGCGCUGACCGCCGGCGUCUCGCUCACGCAGCUGGCGACGAUCGUCGCCCACCACAGCCGCGCGAUCCCGUUCGAGAACCUGGCGGGCUGCGGCGUCUUUCCUGUUGUGCACGCGACCAACGGCGAAGUCGUCUCGCUGCGACUCGUCGAUAUUGUGCAAAAGCUCGUGUACGACAAGCGCGGCGGCUACUGCUUUGAGCAGAACGGACUGCUCGCGGCCGUGCUCCGAGGCCUGGGCUACGCCGUCGCCACGCACAGCGCACGCGUCGUCAUGGCCAACAACGACCCCGAAAAACCCGCCUACGACCUCUCGGGCCUCAGCCAUGCGAUUCUGGUCGUUGACGCAACCGAUGGUAACGGCGACGUGGCCAAGUACCUCUGCGAUGUCGGGUUUGGCGGGCGCGGGCAGCCACCGUGCCCGAUGCGUCUGCUGCCAGGCAUGGAAUCGCGCGUCGACGUGGCCCACGGUGAGCGCUACGAGCUCGCUGCGGUCGCGCUGACGCACCAGUGGACGGCGUCCGAGUUCAGCGGCAGCUUUGUGCUGGCCAAGGCGCCGGUGGCCGGCGACCACAUGGCUGUCUACUAUCGCACAGGAAAGGACAAGCCCAUGUUUCCGAGCUACGUCUUCUCGACGUCGAUCGCCACGACGCAGGCGGACUAUGCCAUGGCCAACUGGUACUGCUCGGCGAGCCCGCUCUCGUUCUUGGCGCAGCAGCCGCUCGUGGUCCGCCGCUCCGGCACGACGCUGCUGACGCUGACCGCCAAUCAAUUUACAAAAUACGAAGCCGGCGUCGUCGUCGAAACGCAAACCAUCGACGACAAAGACGUGCUUCUCGCGCUACUUGCAACGUCGUUUGGGCUCACGCCGACGACCAAGUGCGCGUGACCGACCGCUAGUGCAUGUGUGAAGAUGCUAGACUAUCGCGUAGUUACGACCUUGCAACUCUCAUAAACCCACUAGUAGUAGUCGCGUAUCUCGGUGACCAACACACCUACUGGACCAGAGCUGCUGUCAGCAAGAAAAAACUACUCCGACCGCGUGGGUGCACG